AUGAAAAGGAAGGCACCAUUCAUUGGUGUGAACAAGUGGUCUGCCAUUGAUUCUUCUGUGAAGGAUUCAAUCAUUGCUGAUGUCAUUGCUAAGUGGGAUUUGGAGGACACAUAUUCUACGAAGGGAAAAAUACUAACAAUUGCUAGAGAGCGCUACAGAGGAUGGCGGUCAACUUUGCAUUUAACAUACAAAGCAUACAGUACUGAUGCUCAAAGAAGGGCCAAUAAACCCAAGGAUGUAACUCCAGAGGAGUGGGAUUAUAUGAUCAAUUAUUUUGGCACUGAUUUAAAAUUCCAGGUUACUUCUGUGUACAUUACUAGGUGUAGUAAGUAA